AUUAUUGCACAUCUCCAAAAUGCUAUUCCCCAUAUUUUUGACCACAUUACAAAGGAUAGCUCAACCUUUUGCUGCACAGAGUCAUGGAUUAAGAAGUCUCUGUUUGAACAUCUUCACUGGUCAUUUUGUUGUGCCACUCGUGCUGCACAAAAACUCCCUGCAAACACUGAUGAAUGCUGCCUUGAACAGUUCUUGUGGCUUGCACUCACCAUUCAUGAUUGUGCUAUCUUUCAUCUCAGCUUCUAUGUCAAUAUCAACCAAACAAAUGUUAUCUACCAGCCCGCCAAUACCUCAACAUAUGAGGUGAAGGGCUCAAAGCAGGUUGAUGUACUUGGGCAAGAUGAGAAGCAAACAUUUACUACCCUCGUUGGAAUAUCUGCAGCCAGUGAUCCUCUGCCUUUCCAGAUCAUAUAUUGUGGGAAGACAAAGCACUUGCUCCCAACAACCAUAUCAGUCUAG